AUGUAUGCGCUAAUGGAAUCAGCUGAUGCCGUGAACCUAUUCAAAGACGACAGUUUGGUCGCUUCAUACAGAUUUGAUAGCGCUGAGCAUGCCCAGAAGAUAUACAGUGAGGUGAUAAAAGGUGUACUACCCGAGGAGAUUGAAACUUUCCUUCUAGACAACGAUGUUGAUGAUUUGAUUGUUGAUAAGAGUCUGGUCAAAUCCGGGUUGAGGGAUGCGUGUAAGUCGAUAAAAUUUGUGGAAGAUCAAAGAAGGCUAAGGCUGUUAAGGGAGAAGAUAAAAGCAAAGGAUGAGAGUGUACGAGGUUUGAGCCACUCAAUGGCACAUAAGAACGUGAAUUUUUACACGCUGGAUCCGCUGAUUGCACAAAGUUACUGCAUGUUGAAGCAAAUAGAGAGCGACAUAGAGCGGUACGACAAGAGAGCAGCAGAGAUAUACCUUAAUUACCUGCCAGAACUGAAGAUAAGGAAGAGGAAAGAUGAGUCCGAUGAUGAAAAGGUGGAGUACAAGCAGUUUUACGAUGUGGAGGUGAUCAAGAAGCUGUGGAAGAUAAAAGAGAACGGGGAUAUGAGCAAGAAGUAUUUGUGGACAAAGGACUCUGUUGGAAUUGAGCUCUCGCCGAAUGACUGGACAAACUUGCAGAGGCUUGUCGAUCUAGUUGAACUGAAGAAAAAGAGCAUGGACAAGCUUUUGAAGUACCUCGAGCAGCAAGUUGAAAUUCACGCACCAAAUCUCAAUGCUUUACUGGGUUUCCGACUCACCGCUGAGUUGGUCACUUUGUGUGGCUCACUGAUAAAUCUUGCUAAGUGUUCGUCAAGCACGGUGCAGGUUCUGGGUGCUGAGAAAGCACUUUUUAGGUCCUUGAAAAACAAAACGCCCACACCAAAAUAUGGCAUUCUUAAGAAUAACGGAUUAACGAAAUCGCCACGCAUAAUACGAUCGCUUGCAAGCAAGAUAGUACUUUGUGCCAGGAUCGAUGUCUUUAGGAGGACAAAGACCGAUGCAUAUGGUAAAGCGCUGAGAGCCGUCCUAGAGACGAAGGUGAAGACAAAUAAGAAGGUGCUCACCGAUGAGGUGUUGGCUAAGGUUACAGAACAGUUGAAAAAAGUGGAGGUAGAAAAUGCAGGACAAGAAGAGGCUAUUGGAAAGGCAGGACAAGAAAAGGCUAUUGGAAAGGCAGGACAAGAAAAGGCUAUUGGAAAGCGAUCUGAGGAAAGAAAGAGGCGGCGAGUUGUAGAUGAUAGCUUACAAGAUAUGCCGCAGAAAGGUAAGAAAGCGCGUGUAUCAGUGUCGUUGAAGGAAGGAGGAGAAUCAAAAAAACUUACGAAUGAAGAGCCGGAAGAUUCAUCAAAGUUUAGAAAAGUAAAGCAUGUCAUUGGAGAUGAAGAGGGUGUGUUAUCGAAAGAAAAAACCAUAACUAAGCCUGCAAAACCGGCCAGCAGUAUCAAAUCCAAAGAAAUGGACAAGGUUGAACAGAAAAGUGAAGAUAAGUCAGGGCGUAAAAAGGAUAAAAAGCGAAGCAAGGAGAGCGAUUCAAAAUUGGAAUAUGCGACGAUAGAUCCUGAGGCCAAGGAUUCUCGUAAAAAACGGGAAAGUGUUGCGAAAGGUGGUAGGAAGAAAACCACAACCGCAGAUGUGAAGGGAACAGAAGCUGAUUAUGAAGACGUGGAAGAGAAUAGAACUGAAAAAAGUGUGAAAAGCAUGGGCAAAGACACAACGAGAAGGAAAAGUGAGAAAAACAUGAGCGAGGACACACCGAGAAGGAAAAGUGAGAAAAAAAUGAGCGAGGACACCCCGAGAAGGAAAAGUGAGAAAAACAUGAGCGAGGACACCCCGAGAAGGAAAAGCAAGUUGGAAUCUUCUUCAAAAAGCGGUGAAACCAAAAACAAUUUAGCCACAUCUAGCAGAAGGAAAAGUUUGAAAAAAGGAGACUCGGAUGACAUCGAUAGCAGCUCUAUUCCAACCAAGAAGACGAAGAGUUCAAAAACAGAUAAGAAUGAAAAUGAUGUGAGCGGAGUGAAAAGUUCCAGGUUAUCUGUUUCUAUGCCUGGAAAAGCGAAGGCUGCAGGAACAACGAAGAUUAAAAUUUCCAAAACGAAAAAAGACAAUUGCGACGCACCUGUUGAUGAAAAAAACGCAGCUACACCAGAAAAAACAGCACAUAAGGAUACCAAAGUAGAAAAGGAGAAUGAAAAACGCGACAAAAGCACAUCUUCAGAGCCUCGAUCAAAAAGAAAAAAAAGAGUUACGGGCAAUGAGUAAAGAGUAAUAACAAAGGCUUAUUCUUAUCACGAAUAUAAAAAAUAAAACUUAUUUCACGGAUGUUUUAGUCAGAAUAUUACCAAAGAGCGCAAUCAGCCUGUCUCCGCAGCAUACCAACGAAUACCUCUAAAUACGAUAAUUCGGUGCUGGAAAGCAUGUUUUUAAACAGUAAACACUAAUUUUCGC